AUGCCCGCUGUCCUCCAAUCUACUAUCCAUCUCUUGGAAAACGAGCUGGUCAAAGCCCGUGCCGCUCUCCAAGAGAUUCACCAACCCCACGCGCCGAUCUUGCACAUCGGCAAUGAAGUUGCCGCUGGCGCCAUGAUCGCUUAUCGCCAAAAUCUCAUCGGCCGCGCUCCCGAUUUCUAUGGUUCCCGUCGCCUCACCGCAAAGGAACUUGGUCUUGAACCAACCGUGCGCGAGAUCUCUACAAUCAAGUCUACACCCAAGCCCACACCUACACCUACUCCUCCUCCAUACCGAGCGCCUAUUGAAAAGGCCCUUACCAACAGUUUGAUUCUGGACCAUGUGGCACCUUAUCUCGCAGCCCCGUCCUUGCUGGCUUUGGCAUCAACGUCACGAGUCAUGUAUAGCAUGGUCACGCAAACUCCAUAUAUUUUUCGACAUCUUGAUCUGACCCGCUGUCGAGGUGCUCGGCUUCCUAAGAAUUCGCAGCAGCAGGAUGAGCUGCAGACGGAGGAUGAAGUAUACUCGGCCCCUCUGCGACGCAUCUUCGCCAGCCUGGAGAAAAGAUCGGUAUUGCAGGAUGUACGCACUUUGGUUCUGGAUGGUCUACCAGUACCGGCCAAUCUCGUUGCCGAUAUAAUCCUGACAGAUCGAUUUAAUAUCAGCAUCCUCUCAAUCCGUGAAUGCCUUCAUCUAAAUGAGCGGAAGCUCAUGCAGAUCAUUCAACAUGCCGUCCGACCUACACGCCCUGAAGGUACUCCCCGGAUCAAGGGCAUCUAUCACUUUUCACCUAAAAGUAAGCGAACCCAAGCCCCAGUGCGACGCCGUUAUCGCGACUGGUGGAGUUCUCGCAUUGGUAGCUCUAGCUCCCGGAGUUCGAGCCAGAGCUCAUCUAGCACUUCAUCGGACGAAGAGGAAGAUAUCCCCAAGACACCCACGGAACAAAAUGAGUGGUACAGCUCAUCGGGCAAAUUGUUCAAAUAUACUCUAGAAGAUGGCUGGGCACAAACGUUGGUGAAAUGCGAGGGUAUCAUUGCAUUUGAUGCGGUACUUUGUCGCGGACCACGUCACGAUGUCAAUAUUUACUCCUCGACAGAUGAGAAUCUGACACCUGAAGAGCCUCUCUUGGAACCAGCGGUUGCCACCGUGGCACUGGGGCCGCGUGGUUGUGAUGGAUGCCACAGCUCUCCAGAAGGACCAGCAAUCUGGGGACAGUCCCCAGAUCUACAGUUCCCACUGCUGAGCCCAAUGCCAUUGCACAUGUCAAGCACAAUAACUGCAAAGCGCCCUGAACAGAUUCCAGGACAACAUCCAUGUCUGAUUGCGCGAUGCGCCGACUGUUUGACAGAUCGCUGGUGCCACCGGUGCAACAAAUGGUUUUGCGCUAGCUGUCUACCCAACCCUCAGCAUAAUCAAAUGAAUCUUUCCCCACAUCAGACUGCGGUCCGUCCGGCCCAGGGACUGACGGGACCAGUUCGGGAACUAGAGCGAGAGGAACUUACACGCGGAUGUGAUUGGUGCAAUACCAGUGCUAGCAACCGUAUGCGGUUUCGUUGA